AGCCACUAAUCCCUGAGAAGAAAAAAGAGCUGAAAGAGCGGUCGAGCCAAACCUAUCCAAUCCCAAAAUGUCGGAGGAUUAGUGAGGCUGUACCAAGUGCCAGUCAUCAAAAGUGCUGUGCCCCUGUUGACAAGCACCGUUCUGCGGUGAACAUCAGUCGCGUCAGCGCAGGGUUCCUGCACAUGCGCGGGCCUUUCUCGCAGCGGCGGAAGCUCGAACUUCGGUUGGCGUUCGGAAGAAGGAUUGCACUACCUCUCCCGCGACUCGGAUCAGCCGCAGAGAAGGAAGGAAAGCUAGCAGCUGGUGCAGCCCCAUGGCGGCUAUGGAAGCGUGUGCAGAUGUUAAACCCAAUCGAUUCGAGCCACCUCCCUCUGCUGCUGGACCUUGCCAAGGCACGCUCGGACGACGGAGGGGAAAACAUGGACUGCGUAGAACGCAAGAUUGGCCUCUUUUACCAAACGGAGGAGCCGGACACGCCACGACACAAGGCGGUUCGACGACACGACAAGCACCAGUGGCGCCUCUACCCUUACUCCAGCCGCGUCGCGAGGAACGUCGCCGAACACAAAAGGACACACGCGGGGGAAAGGCCCUUCAGCUGUCGUUUUUGCCACAGGGCAUUUGCACAGAAGGUCAACUUACAGACCCAUGAAAGAAUCCACACAGGGGAGAGACCGUUCAAGUGCAGCACGUGCGGGAGCGUGUUCGCACGCAAGUCGAGCCUGAAGGACCACGAGAGAACUCACACGGGAGAACGGCCCUACGGGUGCGAGGUCUGCGGAAGGACUUUCGGACAAAGGGGAACGCUAAUUUCGCAUCGAAGGAGGCACGACCUCUGAGAGAUAACCGUUAUCUAUGCCUCGUCUCCUACCGAGCCUGACCGCAGCCAACAAUAGGUAUCAAUGGAGCCGACGGAGCGGCACGAAAAAUGCAUCGUUGCAGCGCUCGUUGUCCCGAGGCCUGUUCGGACACUUGUGAUUUCUUGCGACAAGAGACCACACUGGCGCCAUCUAUGAGGGUACCCUGGAACUGCAUUUCACCGGAGCAAAGGUUUUUUGGUAUUUGCCAGAUCAAAUGUGUGUACUACCUAUAAGAAAUGGUUUAUAAUAUUGUCAAAAACUUUCAAACCAAAAAAAAAAAGGAAGAUUCACUCUGCAUAACUGGUUCGGCCAGUGAUGGCAGACUCGCAAAGACAACAAGCGCCAUAACGGUACACUUUUACUGCUGCUUGAUUGACUUCGUUGCACCGUUGCAUGGACCGCGGCCAGACAUAUUUACAUUCGGGGCUUAUGAUAGAGACCCACCGCGAGUUCAGUCAUGCCGUCACAGGGACGUGGAGAUGCUACACAUCUGUGGCCAGCAGUGGUUGUGUUAAGUUAUAUAUUUGUAGCGCCCUAUAUGUUGCAUGUUCUACUUUUAAGGAAACGCCAAGGGCUCUGGUUUUAUUUGAGCCAACCUAAUCUUGCAUGAAAAAAAAAUUAAUACAUUAAAACAAACUGCCAGUGGAAUUGAUUGCUUAGCCAGUAUGAUUGCAAGUGUCAUAUGCAUCAUUGCUUUACUUCUAAGAUAUUAAUUAGAUGUUGCAAUCAAGUGAAUUGGUUAUCUGCUUUAACAACUUCGAUUUUUAUGCAUCCAUCUGUAGUUGACGAAUAAGGUGUAAUGGGGUUUUGGUUUUUUCUGAAGAAGCAGGGGUAUUGAUCUGCAUGAACCUAAAUAUUGGUUUUCACAUUUUUCUGACUGUGAACACUGCUCCACAUUGAGUUUUCGACCUUACAAAACAUUUGUUUGUGCCAUUCAUGAGUUCUUGUUUCCAUUUGUCGAGUCACUAGUUCUUAUUGCCAGGGUGCUUUCGUGUGUAUGUUCUAAUCUUUUAUCCAGACAUAUGAGAUUGAAUUAUACUUUAUUUCAGAGAUAUGUAUGUCCUCAUAUGGGUAAAACAAAAGACUAUUUAUAUCUUCUUUAUUUUAUGCAACAUAUUUUCCUUAAAGACUGAAAAAUUGUGCAAUUUUCUGGCCUGCCCAAUUGUGAUGUAAAACAAAAAUAAUUUGGGUCAUUUGGGAUUGAGAGUGGGCAGAUUUCAGACUUGCUUUAGAUAUCCUCUUGAUAGCAGUGCAGCUGAAUACAUAGUAACUGAGCAUAUUUGUGUAUGUCUCAUUGAAUGACUGCCACUCGUGGACUUAUCUGUUGGAUCAGUGUUAACCACUGACUUGAUCAUGUGAUGUGUGCAAGUGUUUCUGUUUCGUUUUUGAUUAUUGCUAGAAUGGAGUUAAAAUAUGAAUAAAAAGUACUUUGAUAACAUUUUACCUACCUUUCAA